UAAAGACAAUUAGUCAAUUACAUCCAAAGCAUUCAUUUCAAAACACAAAAUGGCGGCGGCGGCGGUGAAUGAAGGAUUUUGUAAUUUUAAUGGAUUUUGUAAUUUUAAUGGAUUUUGAAUUGGGUUGAGCCUGGGCGCAUGGGCUGAAUUAUAUGUCUUUUGUAAUUUGAAUGGGUACAACGGGUACCCAUAUUACCCAAACGGGUAUUCGCGGGUAACCCGCGGGUACCCAUAUUAGGACUGUACAAUCCCAAGUCCCAUCCAUUUAAAAUAUUACGGAUAAUAUGGGUACCCGUAACCCUUAAAAAACGGGACGGGUACGGGUAUACCCAAAUACACGUUUCCCGUUGCCCACCGCUAAGGACAGAUGCCUCUCUCAACGACCCUAAUUGUUAUAGGAUCCCAAAGAAGCCGUUCCUACUUCCUAGCCAUUUUUAUUGCCUAUAAACUUGGCCACGGGGCCAAGAGAAUUGAAGGGAAACCUCACAAUUGAAUGAUCUGGAGCUCUACCAAUCAGUGAUUGUGACCAUUACAUUUACGCCAUUCUACAUUCUUCUCGGCACAAGUAGUUUGGAGAAAAAGUAUGAACACUAGCUAUAGCCAUGUAUAGGGAAAGUUAUGUGGUGCGUAUAACUUCCAUAUGUUAGGAAAUUUAUCAAACAAAAGAGGCCACAUCCUUAUUACACACCCUACAUGCAUAUCAAUAUUCUUAAUACCAACAUGGGCUGUUUUGAUUACUAAUGUUUGAGACAGAGGGUUAUUUGAUUUUUGAUGGUUUCGGGAGUGAGAUAUAAUAUCGAGGGGUAGAAAGUAGAGCGAAGUCGUAGUAAAUGUAGAUAACUUGUCACUUGUGAGGAGAUAACUCCUAUUUGUACAAGGUUGGAUGACAGGUACGUGGUGAUAACAUAAAUUAAAUGUUGUUUGUCGGGCGCCUAAUCCAUCACUCUUACUAUCUAUCACUGUACAUUGUACUUUUGGUAAGACUUGUAUAGAUCGUUCCAGCGACCUCUUCCUUGCUAAUAUCAGAUGUGUAAGCAUGUCUCCUGACUUUGUCUUCUUCUUAGGCUUCUUUGAUUCCUUCUAUUGCCCAUGUGAGAACUUAGGGUUUGCCUCUAGACUUUGUAUUGGGGCACUUCAUGUUGAUUACUCCCAAGUAUUUAAAUCUUGACCCUUAAUUAACCCCUAUCAACUAAUGAUAUAACGAUUCAAUGUGUGUUUGUUAAUUGAUAGUAGUUUAGUAUAUAUACUACAUCAGUUACUGUAAAUUACGUUCGAAAAAAUUGAUGAAAAGUCCAUUCGGACUUUAGAAAAUAAUAUAAUAUAAUGUAUAUGGUAUAAUUUUGGUGAUCUAACUAGUAGUUAAGACGUUAUAAUUACUUAGGGUUAUAGGUAUAAUAUGCCCAUCUACUAUGACGGUUUAUCAAACAUGCCCCUCUAUUAUUUUUUAUAUCAAACAUGCCCCUGUACUUUGAAAAAAUUAUCAAACAUGCCCUUCUGUUAAAAUUCUUUUGAAAAAAUCGCCAAUCAUGGUUGAACCGAGAUUUAGACAAGCCGACAUAGGCAAAAGGGAGCGAAAAUGUCAGUUUUGUCUCCCGUUUUAUUUCUUUGGGUCUAUUCAAAGUGAAAUUAUUCGAAUUAUUUGGCUAUACAAAAGAACUAAAAAAAUUAUAAAAGUGAAAUUAUUAGGAAUAUUUUAGACAUUUGUGCCGCCCAAACCAAAGUUCAACCUUGGUUAACAUUUUUUGGAUGAAAAUUUAAAUAAAAGGGUAUGUUUGAUCAUUUUUACAAAGUACAGGGGCAUGUUUGAUAUAAAAAAUAGUAGAAGGGCAUGUUUGAUAAAACGUCAUUGUAGAGAGACAUAUUAUACCUAUAACCCUAAUGAAUUAUGAUCAUGAUUCAUGUUCAUUUAAUUUCAUUAUUAUUUCAAGCAAUAACUUCGAAAUAGCAACAAUGAAAUUUAUUAUUAUUAAAAGAAAAACAAUAACAACAACGAAUUAGCUGUCUCCAAACGAACCAUGCAACGCAACCCCCAAAAUAUUCUCCCGCAAGCAUCAAGAAGGAAGAAACAAACAAGAAGGAAAAAAGGAACCCCUCGAAACCCGUACGCGCGAAACAAGAAAAACGGAGGCUUCUCUAACUUUAAACCCCAACUACCUAAUUAGUUGUCAAUCACCCCUUAAUUCUACUUCAAAAAAAAGGAAGAAAACACAAUUAAUUAAACUAAUUAAUUCCAAGCCGCAUACAGAAACCUAGCCGCCUAAGCAGGAGAAAAAAUAAAAACCGCACUAUAAAUCCCCCCGCUCCCCUUCCCUUCAACCUCGCUUUGCAACUUCCUCUCUAAAACUUUCCCUCCUUGGCUUCAUUUUCUCUCCCUUAAACCAAAGUCUCGACAAUGGCGGAACUAAUGAAGGGCCUCCUCCACUCGGCCUGCCACGUUCUCGGCGGAUACAACAAAGACGUCGCCGACGACGGCGGAUACAGAGCAGCCGCGGCGCCGGCGGAGACGGAGGCAGGGUUCAGGAUGCCGCUCCACUACCCGAGGUACAACAAGAGCGACUACGAAGCGAUGGAAGAGUGGAGGCUGGAUCUCCUCCUCUCGCAGUACGGUCUCCGCCUCGGCGGCACCGUCGACGAGAAGCGCGCCUACGCCAUCGGCGCAUUCCUCUGGCCCGACCAGUACUGAACGUAAACCAAAAAUUGAGAGAUGGAAAGGAGAGGAUGGAAUGUCGAAUAUGUUUUAAUUAUUAUAUGUAUUAACUGUUGUUCUUUUUUUGUUUGUUUAAGGAGUGGUGUGAUUUUAGAAGUAAUUAGUAAUUACCGAUACGAAUUAUAUGCCGGCGACGGCGACGUCGCGGUACUCUCCGGCCAGCGGCAACCGCUUUCUUUCGUUUCUCCAGAUUGUUAAUUAGUGAUCGUAAUUACGGAAUCGUAUUUAGUUAUUACGGUGUGGCCCGUUAACUGUGGAGCCCAUUCUAUUGGGCCGAGGCUGAUAUGGGAGGGGAAGUACAUGACGUGGGCCGGGCUUCGGCCCAUUACGAAUGAACUCUUAACCAGCUAGUCGACAUCAUUUACAGGCAUACAGCCAACAGAGUUGUUGACUGACCCGCGUGGAUGCUGUAGAAAGUUCCAAAUACUGCUCUCUCUCUCUCUACUUUUGACCUGCCCAGGAACAGAAUUUACUGUUGCCCACCAAACAAUUUUACUUUUUUACCGAUCAAAGCCUGGUCGACAUGAAUUCUGUUCUUUAUGGCUGAUAUGGACGUGAGCUACUUUGCUGCACAAGUCUUUGCAUUUCAUCAUUCAUAUGAACCCAAAAUCCAGGCUUUGGAAAUUAAGAAUAUCUGCAAUA